AUUUGGACCCACAAAAAAAUCCAUUUUACAAUCAACUCCCUCAAAAUCCACAGAACUCUGAUCCCAGAGAAUCCAUGGCCGAUGUCGACGAUUGCUCCGCCGCCGCUGCCGCCGUUGUGCCGUCCGAGCUAAGCUCCACUGGGGCGGAGGAGGUAGCCAGUGCGGCGGAGCUGGACCUCGGGCUGACACUAAGGACGAGCAAGCUCAUCAGAGGUAGUAGGAUGGCGUGCCGGAUCCUCACUGCUGAGGAUUUGGGUUCUCGAUCCCCAAUCUCUUCGUCCUCCUCCGUCUCCUCCUCUUCGUCUGCUCCUUCUCCCGCCGGCGCCGGUGGGAGGACGCCACCCUCUCACUGUCACGGUCAAAUGGCGAGAGGAUGGCCUCCUAUAAAGAUUUGCAGAAUGAACAGCUUGGCUAUCCACUCGAAAGAUUGUACAUCAGAAGCAGAAACUUCUGUUCAAAAGAAAAUUGACAAAAUUGUUGUUAAGGAGGAUACGGACAGUAACAAUCAAGAAAAAUAUAUAAGGUGUACAGUAAGUACGCAUUUUGUUAAGGUGAACAUGGAUGGAGAUCCCAUUGGGAGGAAAGUGGAUCUCAAUGCCCAUAAUUCCUACGAGACCCUUGCGCUUGCACUAGAGGACAUGUUCUGCAAAUCCAACAAUGAUCAUGAUACAUUCACCUUAGAUGGCUUGAAGGCCUCGCAAAUGCUUGAUGGCUCUUCAGGGUUCAGUCUCACUUAUGAAGACAGGGAUGGGGACUGGAUGCUGGUUGGUGAUGUUCCAUGGGGAAUGUUCCUGAUCACUGUGAAAAGACUCAGAAUCAUGAGAACCUCUGAUGCUAUUGGUCUUGCCGGAUCACCGAGGUCUCAAUUCUGCAAGUCUGUCAGGCCAAGAAUUAUACCAGCUUGACUUCAAUACAAGAUUGUCCCUCAUGGCAUGCAAAGAUAAAUAGAAGAAUCAACUAGCAAUCCAUUGUCUCUCUUUCACAAGCUUUCUUCAAGUGCUUUGGACCUUAACAUUUCCCAUUUCUCUGUAUCUUGUUUUCCAUCUGUGAAAUUGCAGUCAUAUAAAAGCUUGUCCAAAGUUUGUAAAUAACAGUGAUUAUUUGUUGCUAUGAAAAUUUGAAGAAACCAUUGUUGAUUGAA